GGGAAGGAAGCCGGGCCACAGCCUACUCUGCCCGCGAGACACCGAAUUCUCCCGGAGCCGAGUUCUCUUCCCCUAAAUCGCCUCCUAACAAUCUGUAGAAGACAGGCUUCCCCCGGAGCCCGGGAACGAGUGCCCUGGAGUGUCAGGAAGCCGCCGAUUAAAUCAUUAUUUCAGACAGGCCAAGUAUAAGGAGCGAGGGACUGUCUUGGCUGAGGACCAGCUGGCCCAGAUGUCAAAACAGCUGGACAUGUUUAAGACCAACCUAGAAGAAUUUGCCAGCAAGCACAAGCAAGAGAUCCGGAAGAACCCUGAGUUCCGAGUCCAGUUCCAAGACAUGUGUGCUACCAUUGGGGUGGAUCCUCUGGCCUCUGGAAAAGGGUUCUGGUCUGAGAUGCUGGGCGUUGGGGACUUCUAUUAUGAGCUGGGUGUCCAGAUUAUUGAAGUGUGCCUGGCCCUGAAACAUCGGAAUGGAGGUCUGAUAACUCUGGAGGAGCUACAUCAGCAGGUGCUGAAAGGAAGGGGCAAGUUUGCUCAGGAUGUCAGCCAAGACGACCUGAUCAGAGCCAUCAAGAAGCUGAAAGCGCUGGGCACUGGCUUUGGCAUCAUCCCCGUGGGCGGAACUUACCUCAUUCAGUCUGUUCCCGCUGAGCUCAAUAUGGACCACACUGUUGUGCUGCAGCUGGCAGAGAAAAAUGGGUACGUGACUGUCAGUGAAAUCAAAGCCAGUCUGAAAUGGGAGACGGAGCGAGCGCGGCAAGUGCUGGAACACCUGCUGAAGGAAGGACUAGCCUGGCUGGACCUGCAGGCUCCAGGGGAGGCCCACUACUGGCUGCCAGCUCUCUUCACAGAUCUCUACUCCCAGGAGAUCUCAGCUGAGGAGGCCAGAGAAGCCUUCCCUUGACUGUGUGGAGAGAUACACAGCAACAGGCCAGAAGGGGGCCUGCCUGUGAAUAAACCUGGACAAUUUUGUUUAUAAAAAGUUCAUUCCAA